AUGUCCAAUCUAUUUCUUUCACAAAUAUUCAUCCCACAACUAAGCAAUGAACCCAAUUUCCCAGUCGCAAUUCAGCAAUUAGGUCCAUUCCCCCUCCCAAUUGACCCUUUUAUUUUUCCCCCUCUUUUUCCCCUUCAAACUAACCCCCCUUAUAGUUAUAUCCCUCCUCAUCCUUCUCUCCGCACCCAUGCCUACAUCCACGCCUCCAUCAGCCCUUCCCAUUUCGACGGCAACCUCAUCAACGAAUACUUCGACUUCUCCGCCACUCCUCCCGACCAGCGCCUCGGCCUACUCAGCCUCUUCAUGCAAGGCCAGCUGUCCCCGUGGAUGUGGGCCGGCCCACUCCGCUUCCGGAUCCAAAACCCCGAGCCCCAGGCGGUUGCUACAUCCUCGCCCCCAUGGACUGAUCUCCCGGGAGAUUUAACGGCCAAUAUUCUGCGGAGGCUGGGGCCUUCCGGGAUGCUCUUCACCGCGCAGCGCGUGUGUAACGCGUGGUGGAAGGCUUCCAAGGAUCCUGCCCUGUGGCGAGUCAUCGAUUUCUCCGACCCUAUUCAAGGGAAGUGGACCCACAAGUACACUGCCAUGUGCCGCCACGCGGUGGAUCUUAGCCAGGGACAAUUGGUCGACCUCACCGUUCAGUAUUUCGGCGACGACGCACUCAUGGACUACAUCGUUGACCGGUCACUAAAUCUGAAACGCCUUAAACUUGGAGCUUGCUUUUCCAUAUCAGGAUAUUGCGCAACUAGAAUAGCUCCAAAACUUGGCCAUUUGGAAGAAUUGCACCUUACUCUUAGACCGUGCAUUGGUGUUGCCGACAUUGAAGCUAUUGGCUAUUCUUGCCCAAUGUUGAAAUCAUUCUCGUGCAACGGAUCUAAGUAUGAAGUUCCUACAUCGCUAAAUGGUGCUUCUGAUGAAGUAUACUAUCGGAAUAUGUAUGCAUUCGCAAUCAGCAGAAGCAUGCCUUAUUUGCAGCAUCUUCAGCUCUUUGGGCAUUGGAUUGGAAACGAAGGACUUGAAACGAUCCUUGACAGCUGUCCGAACCUCGAAUCUCUUGACAUUAGGCAAUGUUUUGAUCUCGAUCUUGGAGGGGAUUUGGGUGAAAGAUGCCAUCAGCGAAUGAAACAUCUUAAACUCCCUAAUGACUCUGUUAGUGAUGUCCCGUGGCCUAAUUGCGAUGGUGGCGAUCCGUUUAGUCCUUCUGCGCUCAUGUUUGAAUAUUACGUGUAUGACCAUUAUAAGGACCAUGAAGAUUAUUAUGGACGUUACGAGGGCAACUUCAAUUGAUUCUGAACAUGGUAGGCGUAAAGGUUUCUUUCUUCUAUAGAUUUCUGGCUUAGUUGUGUUUAUGCUUUCAUUCUAUCUU